AUGCCCGUCACAGUCCACUGGGGCAGAGACCGCUUCUGCUUCGACCUCCCCCCGCCGGACACAAAGCUCGCUGCCAUCCGCAACUCCAUUGCCGCAUACACACAGCUCGCCCCCGCCGCCUUUGCCAUCGUCCACGACGGCGCCGUCUGCGCAGACGACAACGCACCCAUCUCCGUCUACCACCUCCGCCCCAACUCCGCCCUCGCCAUCGUCGCAAACACAGAGGCCCCCGCCCCCUUCAAGAACACAGAGCACGCCCAGAUCGCCGCAAUCCAGGCAGAGCUCAAUACCGUAAACACAGCCCUCCGCCCGGCCCACCACCAGUUCAUCGCAGACCUUGCUCACCAGCCCCGCGCGUCCCUCACCAAGGAGCACCUCCGCCUCUCAGAGCUUCUCCUCCAGGCCCUCCUCCGCUUUGACGCCAUCGUCCCCGAGCGCGACUGGGCUACCGCACGCGCCCACCGCAAAGCCGCAGUCAAGGACCUCCAGUCCCUCCUCGACCAGCUCGACUCUGCCUGGGCCGCUUCCGCAUAA